AUGAGAACACUAGAAAGACGUGCUGAUGAAAACGCAAGUGACGAAACUUGUUAUCUUCGAAUACAUAAAUACAAGGAAGAGGGGGAUUUGAGCCUUGUCAGCAACACGCCUUUACGCACUCAUAAUGCUCCCUUACUGUCAGUUCUCCUCAUAUUAGAUUACAAUCCUCUUUUGACCUUGAUAAAUAGUUCCAGCUACUAUCUCUAG